AUGGAAUUUGCGUUGUUUCAGUUCUAAUAUCUUAACGUCCCACCUUUUACACGAUGGCGACUCCAGAGACCGAUAGCACAGCGCCGGCUGCGUCCUCACCAGUGCGCCUCACCAGCAUUCCUGCGAUCAAGAAUGCCCCUUUCCCAGCAGAGGGUAAUGGGUACUUCUCUAACGAGUUCCUUGCUUUCAUCGUGCUCGCCAUUCCAUGGGUCGUAAAACGAUCUUUGCCGCUUGUCAACUACGGUGGGUGGACAACCUAUUGGAUUAUGGUCAUCAUUUUGGGCGUUCCCAUCACUGUAUCGUACUGGCAGCUUGCGAGCAUGUUCGGUUCCCGGCUGAAUAACAAACUCGCUUUCCCCGGACGCCCGAUCGAGGACUACAUCGAAAUCAAGGACCAGGCCUUGAAGAAAGAAUACCACGGUAACAACAAAAUUCCCAUCCAGGUUUUCCACGAUGCGUACUUUGAUGGAAAGAUCGAAUUCAAGGGUGACCCACUGGAUGUGCUUGAGUGGCGUCACGACUGGGCGAAGUUCACCUUCACCCCCGAGCUCUGGAAAUAUUUCUUCACACACUUCCUUCCCGAGGUCAUCGUUCAUUCCCAGAGCCAGGAUGAGGAGCAGGUCCGCGACCAUUAUGACAGGGGCGAUGACUUCUAUGAAUGGUUCCUUGGUCCGCGCAUGGUCUACACUUCAGGCGUUGUGACGGACAUCACCCGCGAGGAAACUCUGGAGGAACUGCAGGAUAACAAGCUCACAUUAGUGUGCGAGAAACUGGAUCUUAAAGAGACGGACAGGCUUCUUGAUAUCGGCUGCGGGUGGGGCACUCUCGCCGCCUUCGCCUCGAAGAACUAUGGUUGCGAUGCGACCGGCAUUACUCUUGGCAGGAACCAGACCGCGUUUGGUAACAAGCGUAUUAGCGAGAAUGGUGUCUCCCCCGAGAAGGCCCGUAUCCUGUGCAUGGACUAUCGCGAAAUCCCGAACACCCCGGGGCAUUAUACCAAGAUCGUAUCGCUCGAAAUGGCUGAGCAUGUCGGUAUCCGUCGUUACGGGGCGUUCCUCCGCCAGGUGUAUGAUCUUCUUGAUGAUGAUGGCCUAUUUGUCCUCCAAGUUGCAGGAUUCCGACCGAGGUGGCAAUACGAGGAUCUCAUUUGGGGGCUCUUCAUGAACAAAUACGUUUUCCCUGGUGCUGAUGCCAGCAUUCCGUUGAACUGGGUGCUGAAGGAGGUCGAAAAGGUCGGGUUUGAAGUCAAGAGCAUCGAUGUUCUUGGCGUUCACUACUCUGCGACUCUCUGGCGGUGGUACAAAAACUGGCUUUCGAACGAAGAGAAGGUGCUCGGCAAGUACGGAGACAGGUGGAACCGGAUUUGGAAAUACUUCCUGGCAUCCGCGGUUAUCGCGUCUCGUCAAGGAUCCGCGUCCGUGUUCCAAAUCACGUUACACAAGAACUUGAACGCGUUCCAUCGGAUCGAGGGUGUGCCAAGCCACACGUCUUUACAUUUCAAGCCCAGGAAGCCUAUUCAGACGGUCGUGUGACAUGGCAAAGAUCAGCCUUUGAAUCUUCC